AGACAUUUUUGUGCUGGUUGCCUAUUUUUUAGGGUUCAUUUCGCUUUCCUCAACAUAAAAGUUUUACAAUAAAGGAUACCAGUGUAAAAUUGCGCGGGUGAUUGCAAAGAAAAUAGUUGUUGAAGUCAUCAAAUUUAACUGAUAAUGGAAUUCUCAAAACCUCGUGUUAAUGCUUCAAAGUUACCUUCUCACAGAGGCAGAAACGUUUGUCUUUUAGGAAAAGUGAAAAAUGUAGCUAAUGAUGGCAAUUCUUUUACACUGACAACAAGUGAUAACCAGGAUGUACGUGUUGUACUGCAAGAACCUGUAAAUGAGUAUGUAGCUGGUUUAACUGAAGUACACGGUCAAGUUGAUGGACAAAACAACAUACUCUGUCAGAACUAUAUUGUCUUCCCAUCAGAAACCUCAGAUAACUUUGAUAUGGGAGCCUACAAUGAAGCUGUAGAACUGAUGGCCAGACUUCCACAGAAUUAUGUCCAAGGUGUACAACAACAGUAGCACAGAGCACAGAUGUAGAGUUAAAAAAGUGAUAUGCGAUAGAACAUUGGAAGACAGAAACAUUAGUUGUAUCUGAUACAGUACAUGUUUAUGAAGAACAUUUUCAGGUCCAUACAAAUGGAUUGUAGUAACGAAUUCUGAAGUUUCCUGGGUUGAGAAUUCUAUUUUCAUACAUAUAUAGAUUCUCUAUUCGAAACCAUACAAUCUUGUCAGAGAAGCAUAUAUUUUACAUUUUUGUUCAACACCUCUUUGAAUGGUGACAUAAUCUAAGUAAUUGGUAAAAUUUGUUCUGUUUCAUCAUUUGUGUUAUUUUUCAUUUCACAGAUUUACAAAUAGACAAACCAGCUUAUAGUUUAUGGUAACAUCAUUAAUGACGUAAUAUUGUUGUCGACCUGUACUGUUUAUCUAAGAUGUAUUACAAACAAGACUAUUUUGUGAAAUAAAAUUAUGUGUACCUUUA